GCAUAUAGAGUGGUUGCCGGUGUGUACCGGCCUGGGUGGCUUGGUUUCUGUAUGUAUUCUGCAAAAAAUUGGUGCAUUAGCAUUUGCGGUCAGCUGGUGCUCUUCGGAAAACUGCUACUGUAAGCAGAGGACACACUCUCUCAAGACCACUGCGAAAUGGCUUCUACAGCAAGCACGGACGCACUUCCAGAAUCAGUCGGGUUCAUUGGCCUCGGAGCGAUGGGCAAGCCCAUGGCUGCCAACUUGGCCAAGGCUCUGCCUCGGGGGUCGCAGCUGCAUGUCCAUGAUGCCGCACUGGCCCAAGUCCAAGAACUCUGGACCAGCUUUCCCGAUGUAGUUGUCAGGUGCUGGAGCGCACAAGAGGUGGCCGAGGCGUCGGACGUCGUAAUAACAAUGCUGCCAGAAGGAGCUCACGUCAAAUCAGUUUACCUAGACCCGACGACCGGAGUUAUCGCCGCCCUUUCUUCAUCGCCUUCCCGUCCCAAGCUCUUCAUAGACUCGUCCACCAUCGACACGGCCAGUAGUCUGCAUGUGAAGCAGGAGCUCUCCGCAGUCUCGGCCACAGCCAGCUUCUAUGACGCGCCCGUGAGCGGCGGGGUCCUGGGGGCGGAAAACGGCACGAUCGCCUUCUUCCUCGGCUGCUCCCCGUCAGACCGCAACAUCGCCCGGUUAAACGCGCUUUUGCAGACGAUGGGUGCCAAGGUGGUACCCUGCGGCGGACCGUCGCUGGGGCUCGCCGCGAAGCUCUCCAACAAUUAUCUCUCGGGCAUCAUCACCAUCGCAUGCGCCGAGGCGAUGGACAUGGGCAUGCGGGCGGGCAUCGACGCGCGGGUGCUCGCGGCCGUGUUUGCCGCCGGCACAGCGCAGAACACCAUUUGCGACGUGUUCAAUCCCGUCCCGGGCGUGUGCGGACGGGCGCCGUCGUCCAAUGGCUACCGAGGCGGCUUUCGGGUGCAGCUGAUGCGGAAGGACAUUGGCCUUGCCGUGGACAUGGCGCGCACCGUGGGCGCUCGGAACGUUCUGGGCGCGAGCGGGUUGGGCGUGUAUGUCGCGGCAAGUGCGGCGGCAGAUUGCAGAGAUCUAGACUCGCGCGUCGUCUAUCGGUACCUUGGCGGCAGAGAGAACUGGGAGCACGACCAGGAGGAGCAGAUCGCGAAGGCGGGCGAGACGCGAUGAUCGACGGCCCGGAAACUUGCUGCCGGAAGCACUCCGUACUACUGUACUUACUUACUAAGUGAUUACUGUAGUGCGUGCUGUGUGAUACACACCAAGAAUCUGGUGCCGAGAAGAAGUUCACAUCUCCCAAUUACAGUACUGUACAUCGAUUCGGCCGUCGCAAAAAUGCGAUGGCGAUCGGAGGUGGAGUGACUGUCCUCCGAGAUCGUCGAGUUCGGGACACAAACUAGGAAUGGUCUGUUACGGUAAAAGAUUGCAUUCAGACAUGUAUUAUACGUAAGUAACUGCCCGCAUUUCCGGCCGCCCCGGGUUUAACAGCUCGCAGCUUGUAUAUAUAUAGUUACACGUACCACCGCGUCCUCAGG